UUGCAUCGCGUCGAUUUUGUUUUAAACGUCGUUAAAAGUUUUCACUUAAAUUUAAGAUAUAUAUUUUUUACGUAACUCAGUUGUGGGAAAUCGAAGUUGAAAAUGAAGUACGUGAUGUCAACUCUCGCUCCGUCGGUCGAGAUGAAGCAGUUAAUUUUCGGCUGGUCCGAUUACUGCUUGUUUGGCAUCCUAAUAGGUUGCAGUCUUCUGAUCGGUCUGUACUUGGCCAUCUUUAGCAAGCAAAACAGCUUCUCAGAAUAUUUGUAUGGUGGUAAGCACAUGCACUACAUACCAGUAGCUAUCAGCAUUUUGGCUAGUUUUUUGUCAGGCAUCACAUUUUUGGGUGUACCCACGGAAGUUUACCUGCACGGAAGCCAAUACUUUGCGGCCACCGUCGCGGCACUAUUCAUAGGGCUGAUCUCGGCUUACGUAACGAUUCCAGUGUUCCAUCAGCUGCAGGUGUGCAGCUGUCACGAGUACUUGGAGAUGCGAUUCUCCCGAACGGUUCGAGUGUUUGCUUCGGCUCUCUACGUAAUAUCCCUGUUCGUCUACAUCCCAGUCGUCGUGUACACGCCAGCUCUUGCCUUUUCUCAAGUGACGGGCUUUGACCUACAUGUGAUAACGCCGUUUUUCUGUGUCAUUUGCAUUACCUACACAACGUUCGGUGGCGUGAAAGCUGUAGUCUGGACCGAUACUCUGCAAUUCAUUUUCACGAUAGGAAGUCUUGCCACCGUAUUGAUUUUAGGCGUCAUCGCUGUCGGCGGUAUCGAGUCAGCAUGGCAGAUUGCCGAUAAAGGAGGAAGAAUCAAAUUUUUCGACUUCAAUCCAAGUCCAUUCGACAGAAAUACCAUUUGGGCAAUGUCUUUCGGAAUGACGUUUACGAUGCUCAGCCGUUUCGGUUUGGGCCAGAAAUACAUUCAAAGAUAUCUGGCCAUUGAAAAGUUGCCCGACGUCCGGAAGGCAGUACUGCUGACAUCGAUCGGCUGGGCGACUCUGCAGGUGUCUUGCGUUUACGCCGGAAUCAUCAUGUACGCCCGCUACCACGACUGCGAUCCCUACACAGCCCAGUUAGUGAAGCGUAACGAUCAAACGCUUCCCUACUACGUAAUGGACAUUGCCGGACAUAUAUUUGGUUUGCCUGGCAUAUUUCUGGCUGGCCUCGUGAGCUCCGCGCUCUCGACUAUGAGCGCCAGUCUAAAUACGCUCUCCGGCACUAUUUACGAGAACUUCAUCGAUCGCUGGAUCACCGAAGGCGCCGACAAAGAUGCAAAGGCAGCUAAAAUUAUGAAGAUCAUGGUAGUGAUAAUUGGCCUCGUGACUAUUGGACUGAUAUUCAUUAUCGAAAAGCUGGGCACCGUGUUCGAGAUGGCUUAUGGUUUAAACAGUGCAACCGAAGGUCCUCUACUGGGUCUCUUCAUUCUGGCUAUGAUGGUGCCGUGGGUAGGCAAAAAAGGUGCCAUCACGGGGGCCUGCGUUGGCCUGACUUUCAUGGUGUGGCUCGUCGGUGGUACUCAAUGGCACGUCGUUCACAAACGCAUACGCAACCCCAGCUUGCCGGUGUCCGUCGAAAACUGCCCUUACCCGUUGAACGAGACGGUUCAGGAGCAGGCAGCGACGCCCCUGCCGCCCCUGGCACCCGAAGAGGAGCCCAUGAUACUUUUCCAAAUAGCUAUUCUGUACUUCACCCUCAUUGGCAGUGUUAUCACGGUAGCUGUGGGCUGCGCUGUAUCUUGGUUUCUUAGCGAGACCGACGAUGUAGCAAAUGUCAAUCCUGAUCACGUAUCUCCCGUCAUUAGGCACUGGAUACCAAAACAAGAAGUUCAGUCUGAAAUGCAAACGAAUGGAUUUGUUAAUGUUUCACCGAAACCAGUGGUUGGGGGAGAGGACGAAAUAGAAAGCAGCAGUCUCGAUCGUGGUAAAAAUAAAAAAGAAGAAGUAAAUUAAAAUCCUAACUAUAAGAAUUAUAUUAAUGAUCAACUUUUAAAUUAUUAUAAAAUGUACAAAGAUCAAAAUUUGAAAUAAAAU